UCGAAUUUCCUUUGAGGAGACUGAAAACUAGAGAAACGAGCAAAUGGAGAGGAAAUUUCUCUUGCAUGUGAUUGGCAAGUUGUUGACGUUAUUCGAUGCACCAGAAGAUAUGCUAUACAGCUGUUUUGAGAAAGGUUGUCCAACAAAACCGUACACGACAAUGCCGAAAGGUAUUAUGGGUAAUGGGGGUUCAUGGUCCUUGAUUAAGGCUUUAGGUGUUUCUCAGACACAGAGGGAAACAGCACAAAUAAAUGUAUUUAUGCAUUCUCUUUCCUUGUUGGUAAACACCGUGAACCUCAAUCAAUCAACGUCAAACUCUUUCUACCCACAAUACCAAUCGGCAUUGUCGCGUACGAUUUUUCGCUGUUGUGGGACAACCUUUGUCGAAACAGCUGUAUACUUCUGACUAAGGACGACGCGUCGAUCGCGCGGGACAGCUGGUCCCAGUCCACCCCAGACCAUAAAAUAGCGAGGCACCCGAGGCACCUUGUUCUGCUGAAGAAAAGAAGACCAGUCAAUAGCUGUGGCUUCCCCUGCUUUCUCUUGUCGCAGAGAAAGUAAAGGUUCAAAGGAGCAAAGUGCUUGUAUAAAGGUAAGACAUCAUUAGAAAGACAAUUUCAUGGCUAACAGUAAAAGUGAAAACAGCCCCCAGGAAAGGGUUGAUGUGCUAUCUGGUGUACCAUACAGAGAUCUAUCAGACCUGAUGGCCCAUUACCAGGCAGACCGAAUAUAUAACGAGUCACAAAUAGUAACAGAUAAACUUGAACAGUUCAAUACUUUUGUCACAGAAGAAAUUCUACCACGUAUCGGUGAAGUAGAUUCCAGGUUUGAUUUUGAAGAGGUUAUCCCAACUGGAAGCUUCAAAGAACAUUCUGUCAUUAGCCAGAAGACAAAUUUCCAGAAUUAUAUCGAACAUGAGUUUGAUUUCAUGCUUGUGUUGCGUGACUUGGGGGCACAUUCUGAGGGUGUGUCUUUAGUUGAUUGUGUAAUUUCAGGCAAAGAGAAACAAGAAGCUUUUAAGCAUGUUGUUCUCAGUGGCGAUAGCCUUAAAAGAUGGCAGGAUUGUUGUGUCUUUAGAGAUGGAAAUCAUUUGUUAGAUGCAGACAAAAUCAUGCAGUCGUUUGAGGAAGCUGGGGUUACAGUCAUGAAUGAAAUGAUGGAGAGAGAGGAGGGAUUUGUGCCAGGUUGUAUUGCCAUCAGUAGAAAUGGACCAGCUUUGACACUGCAAUUUGACAUUGCAAAGCUACCUCUUGAAAUGCAGUCUCCAUACCCGGAAGACUGGCAGGGUGUCACGCUGCGCAAAGCGGGAUACAACUGUAUUAACAAUUGGAGUAUCGACCUGGUCAUCUGCGUUACAGCUGCAGAUAUUUUCAAUACCUAUGAUAGCUGGACUUCCAGAAAGCGGAAGUGGCCCUCAAACGACGUAGAAAAAGAGCUUGUUCGUAUGUCCGCCCAUUUGGUCGCUAAAUCCAUUGACUCAAUCCCACAUAGUUGGCGUCUUUCGACAUCAAGGGCUGAACUUAUCCUUGCAGAUUACAUCAUUGAGACUCAACCACUGGUACGAAAAUGCUGGUUAGUGUUAAAAGCUAUAUUGAAAGCCCAUCUCUCGCAACCCAAAUUCAUCACCUCUUACAAUCUGAAAACUAUUCUGUUCUACACGAUGGACCAUGUCCCUCCGGGUUACUGGACUGAAGAGAAUCUACCCGAGCUUCUUUUAGCUGUUAUAGACGCAAUCAGUAUCGGCCUGGCUACCCGUGCAUUUCCUCAUUAUUUUCUACCUAGUGUGAACCUACUGUCACAAUCCGCCAGCGAGGAUCAUGUAAAUGGCCUGUUACAGAAAUGUUAUCAGGUGCGAACAAAACCAGGCAAGUACUUAGCGUCAACCCCAAAUUUUGAGACUUAUUUGACGGAUCUAUUGUGACCGCCUCGCGGGAUUUCGUU